UCUUAUUUUAACAGCAUUUCUUUGGUUUGGUUCGUGCUGGUGGUGGUAACAACGAUCAUCCAGAUGCUGUGAUGUUUAUUUACAUCUUCAGAUUAUUAUGUGUUUAUUCUCUUGUACAGCCUCCUAAAGGGAGUAAUGUUGAAAAUAAUUAUAUGGUCGAAAACUUCCUAAAAUCUUCAGAUGUUCAAAGCAAGGAUGACAAAGAGAAAUUAGAUCACUGGAAAUUUACAUUAGAUCGCAUUAUUGAUAAUGGAGAUUCCUUGGAAGAUGUAAUUUUUGAGCCGUUGGCCACGAAUGACGCCAUGCAACUGUUUGCUGGCUAUGUUUUCAAGAAAAUUAAAAAAUUCGUCCAAUGUUCUUCUUGUUUAACUACUGUAUUGGGUGAAAAAAGUGAUAGAGGCAUUUAUUUUAAAAUCAGAGAUAAGUAUGGCGUUCUCCACACUCCCAGUAACCAACUUUGGGCAUUGUUACAAAUUUUGGAAAAUUACGUAGCUGAAGAAAGAGAUGAAGGCGGUAUGAAUUGUGAUAUGUUCUUCAAUAUUGCUUAUUGUAUUCAAGAAGGCGAUAGAAAAAUUAUUUUAGUUGGCUGCGAACAGCAUCAGGCAGAACUUACAGCCAAAAUAGUUCAAUAUUAUAUAACUGUUAGGUUAUUCUUUUUAUGUUCCUUUGUUAACCGAGAACGGAAAUUUGGAGUUAAAAGUAAAAAUUUGAGAAAAAUGUCCAGGCUUACUAAAUGAAUUUUAAAUUUAUUUGUAUCUUGUAUUUUAUUUUGAAUAAAUGUCUUGUAUCAACUGCAA